UAUCACGCAUUGAAUGCACUCAUGGAAAUAUUUGCUGACACCCCGUUCACUGUUUUGGGAUUCCCCUGUAACCAGUUUGGUCUGCAGGAGCCCGAGGAAGAUCAUGAAACAUUGAAUGUGCUAAAGUACGUAAGACCAGGUGGCGGAUUUAUGCCAAAGUUCCCAGUGUUUAGCAAGUUGGAAGUGAAUGGAGUAGGUGAGGAUGCUCUCUUCACAUUUUUAAAGGAUUCCUGCCCCUGUGUCAACCCAGUUAUUGGCGAUCCAAAAAAAUUAUAUUGGUCUCCCAUCAAAGUGAACGAUAUCCGCUGGAACUUUGAAAAAUUCCUGGUCCUGGCUAAUGGAGUACCUUAUAAGAGGUAUGAGCUAAACACUCCCAUUAAAGAAGUGGAGAGAGACAUUGCAGGUCUCUUAAAAAUCCUACGUUAAUUCCAGUGAAAUCAGCAACAUCCUCCGUGGAGCAGAGACGUGAAAGGUCAGCCCUUUGCACACACAGAGACAGUGUGAAGAUCUCUUGGUAAAUGUGGACUCGCACCUGAGAUGUAUCUGAAGUGGUAGGAGAGAACACUCUGUGUUUCAGUGCAUUCACACAGAGGUGUCGUCACCUACUGGUCUCGUGCUGGCUGGCUGGCUGGAGGGACUCAGGAGGCCACUGUGCUCCUGCUGUUCACUGGACCCACAGGAAGAAAAAAAACAGGUGUUCCACAUUGAACUUAAUAAAUCUCUAAAAACUGUUCA